AUGAGAAAUGAGAUUACAAAAAAUUUAUUUACUUAUGAUGCUAAAUUUUUUAAAAGUAUUUUUAAUAAGUAUAUGAAAGAUGAAGACUAUAGUAAAGAAUUGAAAAUAAUACAAAAUUCUAGAAAUUUAAUGGAAGAAAUAAUUAGUAAAGAAAAUGGACUAAAUUUUUAUUUAGAUGAAAAUUACGAUGAAAAGUUUUUAGAAAAAUGUAAAUUGCCGUUUUUUAAAAAAAUAUUAAAAUAUAUAGAUGAUAGUGAUAAAAAGAGUGAAACAUCAAAAAAUAAAUCUAUAGAAAAUGAAAGUGUCGAUAAUGAAAAUAUAGUAAAUAAUGAGCUUACUUAUAUUAAUAAUAAAAAAAAAAAGAAUUAUCAUUAUUUUACAUUUAAUAAAAAAAUUAAUGUAAUAAAUAGUUAUAGAAUAUAUUACUAUUAUUCAAAUAUUAUUCAAUCAUUACCUUCUCUCACAUAUAUAUCUGUAUUUAGAAUAUAUUUAAAAAAUUAUCCAUUAAAUAUAUUUUUGUCUUGUAUUUACUUUUAUACAUUUAUAACAUAUGUAUGCGAUAGAGAUAAUGUAAUAGAAUUUUUUGAGUCAAUAAUUUUUUCCUUAAUGGUUACAACUGGAUUUUUAAUAUUAACCAUAGUGCACUAUCUAAAAGAAAACCGACUAAGCUCAAUAACAUCAAAAAUAAAUGAUUUUAAAGAAAGCUGUAUGUGUAGGACUUUUAUUAAAAAUAAUACAAAAAAGGAAACCAAAUUAAAUAAAUACGAAAGUAAGAAAACUCUUGAACUAAAAAAAUACUCGAAAUAUUUUUUUUUAAAAAGUUUUUUAAAUAGAAUUAAUACAGAACUAUUUGAUUAUGAAUUUUUUAAAAACUUCAAUAGUUUUAAUUAUAUACAAGAAAAUUAUAAAGGAUACGAUCCUUUUUCGUAUUCUUCAAAAAACUCUAAUAGUGAGUUAGAAGUGGUAAACAAAUAUGAUAAUAUAACAAUAAAAGGAGAAUUAGAAUCAAAAAAAAAAGAAAAAAAGGAAGAAAAAGUUGAAAAAGAUGAAAAAGUUGAAAAAGUUGAAAAAGAAGAGAAAGAUGAAAAAGAAGAAAAAGUUGAAAAAGAAAAGAAAGAUGAAAAAGAAGAAAAAGUUGAAAAAGAAGAGAAAGAGGAAAAAGAAGAGAAAAAGGAAAAAGAAAAAUAUAAACAUUUUUCAUUUAUAGAAAAACUUAAUAUAGAAGAAAUAUUUUCAGAUAAAGAGGAAAAUGUAGAUGUAGAAAUAGAAAUAUCAGAUAAAGAAAAAAAAGAAGAUAAGAAUAAAAGUGAUUCCAUUAAAGAAAAAGAAAUUAAUAUAAUUAAAAAAAUAAAUUUAGGUGAAAAUGUAGAAUCUGUUAGAUGUGAAAAUAGAGAAAAUAUAAAUUUUAAAGAUAUCACAGUUAUAAAUGAAAGAGAAGAAAAAAAAAAAAAUUUAAUGAAUUAUAUAUUUUUUGAAAAUAAUUUUUAUUCUAUUAAUGGAAAAAAUAUUUUAGUUGGUGAUAUUAUAUAUUUAUUUAAAGGUGAUAUUGUACCAGCAGAUGGGAUACUUCUAAAAAGCAAUAACAUGAUUGUAGAUGAAUCAAGAAUUUUAAAAUCACUCGAAAAAAAAAAAAAAAUUAGCUUAGAUGAAUUUAUAUAUGAGAUAGAAAAGUCUAAAAAAAAAAAGAUAAGUGUUGGUGAAUUGAAAAAGAAAAAAUUGAAUUAUUUUGAAAUACUUAAUUUAAAAGUGAAAAUGAAAUUUAAAAAAAUGAGUGAAGAAAAUUUAAAAAAAAAUAAUGAAAUAAAAAAAUUAAAAGAAAAUAAAAUACAAAUUAUGAAUAAAAAAGAAUAUGAGAAAGAAGAAAAUGAAGUGUCAAUUGAAAAAGACUGUGAAUAUGUUUCUAAAUAUAAAAAAGAAAGAUCUAAUAAAACAAAAAAUAAAAUAUUUUUGAAUGAAGAAAUUAAUGAAUACAGUAAAAGUAUAAUAGAAAAAAAUAAGGAUAAAAUUAGUGUAUAUUCUGAUGAUUUUAAAAAAUAUGAUUAUUCUCCAUUAUUAUUAUCAGGUUCAAUAGUUAAAAAUGGAAUGGGUAUUAUGAUAGCUACAUGCGUUAGUAAAAAUAAACAAAUGUUUCAUAAUUCUUUUAAAAAAAUUGAAGAAAAUACUAUAUUAGAAGAGUUAAUAAAUAAUUAUUCAAAGAAUAUUGUAAUUUUAAUUAUAUUUUGUUGUUCUUUAUGUAUUCUUUUUAUUUUAAUACAUUUUUUAAUUAAUCUAGUUGAAAAUGAUAUGCAGACAUUUGCAUAUAAUUUACUUAUGUUUUUAUUAAAUUCUAUAAUAUUAGAAAUCUUUAAGUACCUAUUAUUAUCUAUUGAUCAAAUGCCAUUAUUAUUACAAAAUUGUUUGGCAUUAAAUUCAAAUCAAAUUAUAAAAGAAAAUUUUAUAAUAAAAAAAAAAAAUACUUUUGAAGAUAUUAUUUUUACUAACACCAUAUUUAUUGAUAUAGAUAGAUAUAUAAAAUAUAAAUGCAUUUUUUUUUUUUAUAACUGUGAAUUUUCCUUUUCUUUUGAUAACAUUUUAAUCAAACAUAAAAUAAAAACGGAGAAUAAUGUUAUACUAUUUGAUAAAAUCAAUAAUAAAGAUAUUAAAAAUAACCUGUUUUUUGUUUUAUUAAUUCAAAAUAUACUAGCAACUAGUAACUUAUAUCAAUAUAAUGAACAUUUCUUAGAUGUUGAUUUUUCCUUAUUAAAAUUUGUUAAAUGUCUAGAAAUAAAUUUUGAAGAUUAUUUUAUUGAAAAGAAAGACAUUUUUCACAUAAUAUCUAAUAAUCAAGAUUACGUUAUUUCAUAUAUUUUUUCUGAUGGUUUAUUUUUAGAUGACUGGAAUACAUUAGAAAAAGAAAAAUGUAAUAAAAAAAUGAAUAGUAUAAUGACAGAAAAAAAAAAGGAAAAAAAUGAAAAAAUAAAUAAAGAAAAUAAAUUAAAUACUUUAAGAAUAUUUAUUAAAGGAUAUGCAAGUUUCAUUUUACCCAAAUGUAUCCAAUAUAUUAAUGGAAACAUUUUGUGCAAAGAUAUAAAAAAGUUGAGUGAAAAAGUUGAUAAAAUUGAAAAACAAGAACAAAAUGUACUUCUUUGUUUUGCAUAUAAAGAUAUAAUUCUAAGUGAGAAAGAGAAAGACAAUUUGCUCCUAAAAGAAUAUGAUAAUGAUGAAAGUUUUAACAACAUAAAUAUUUAUAAAAACAUAAAUGAUACCUUCUUAAAACAUUUACAAUUAAAAGAUUUAACUUGUAUAUCAAUUUUAGUUUUAGAAAAGACAUUAAAUAAACAUUUUUUCUAUGAUUAUAAAAUAUUAGAAGAAAAUGAUUUAACUGUAAAAUUUUUUACAAAAGAAAAUUCUACUCAAAUAAAUAAUAUAUUUUAUAACUUUCCCAAAUUUUUUCAAAAUUUAAAAUUGUAUGAUUCGAAAAAAAUAGAACAAAUAAAUAGAUUCAAUUAUUACGACAAUGCAAAUAGUAUAAGAAAAAAAGAAAAAAAUCAUUUAGAAGAUAUAUAUACAGAAAAAUAUAAGAGUAACAAUGUUAAUAAUUUUAUCGAUUAUGAUAACUUAUAUUCUUAUAAAAUAAAUAAUGAAAAUGAAAAUUUUGUCUUUAAAAAAUAUAAAAGUGAAAUAUUAAAUAUAAAAAAAUAUAAUAGUGAUACAUUAAAUGUAAGUAAUGAAAAUGUAUUAGAAAAUAUAACAAAAAUGAGUAUAACACAUGAUUUUGUUUUAAAUAAUAAUUUUUUCUACAACUGUUCUUAUAAAGAAUUAGUACUAUUAUUGUCAACAUCUAGAAUUUAUGGUAAAAAUGCUUUGGUAACUAAUCAGAGUGAUUUAGUUCAUGAUGGAAUUUGUAAUAUAACAGUGUGUGACAAUAGAAGUAAAGAUAUAAAUAAAGAGAAUUGUGAUAUAAUAAUUUUAAAUAAAAGUUUGUAUGAUUAUAUAAAAUUAAAAAGUUUCUCUAAUUGUAUCCUAACAAAUAUUAGAUUAUACAUAGAUUACAAUAUAAUAUUUUAUACUGUUUUUGUUCUUUUUUCAAUUAUAUCUACUUUAGUUAAUGGAUCAGAAUUUUUAAGCACUAUUCAAAUACUAUAUAUUUAUUUAAUUAAAAAUGUCAUUUUUCAUUAUAUAUCUUGUUAUAGAAAAUCUUCUUAUAGCACUGGAAUAAAAUUCAAAAACUCUUAUAAUUUUUUCAAAGAAGUAGAUAUGAAUAAUAUUAUAUCAUCAAUUUUAUCAAAAAUCAUAAUUCUUCUAAUUGUUUUUUUAUUUGGUCAUCUUUUCAUUCCAGAAUCAAAGUGGAAUUUUGUACAAAAUGAUAUAAGAGAACAUUUCGAGUUUUCAGAAUUUUCUUUUUUAAAAGAUAAACAACAUUCCAAUUCUUAUUAUACUAUUAGAUCAUGUAUUCGUUUUAAAAAAAAUUUAGAAAAUUUAAAAAUUCAAAAUAACAUUGAUGUUAAAAAUGAUUAUAGAACAAUGAAUGAAUGGGAAUAUCAUAUUAGUCCUAAUAGGCAUAGCACUAUUAUGUUUAAUAUUUUUUUUCUUUUCUUCUUUUAUUCUUAUAUAUAUAUUUAUGUAAGGACAUUUUUUGAAGAAAUUAAAAUUUACUGGAGUAAAUAUAAGAAUAGUGAAUAUAAAUAUUUUUAUCUCUUAAAAAAUAAAGAAAAAAAAAUUCUUUCGACAGAUAUAAACCAAUUAAUAAAAGAAUUAGAAAUAAAUAAAUUGGGAUUAGAACAAAGAAGAGAUUUAAAUAACAUAAAAGAUAAAAUUCAGGAAAAAAAUGAUUAUAGUUAUUCUAUUAAUAUGAAAAAUGCUAAGAAGAAAACUAAAAAUGACUAUCAUAUAUUAAAUAAAAAGAGUCGUGUUAAUAAAAGAGAAAGGGAAGCAAAAAAAAAAAAGGUCAAUAAAAAAUAUAAUUUUAUUAAUACAGAAAAAAACAAGAUGUUAAUUGAUUGCAUCAAGGAAAAUUAUAAAAUGUUCUUAAUUUUUCUACUUAUUUUAUUAAUACAUAUUAUUUUAAUUCAAUUUGGUUCCUUUUUUUUUCAUUUUCAUGUAAAAGGGUUAACCAUACUUCAAUGGCUUAUUUGUUUUUUAUGUUGUCUUUUGGACGUUUUACUUUAUAUAACUAUAUCUAGACUUUAUCUUUUUAAAUUCUCUACUAAUUCCUUUAAAUUUUUUGGAUAUUUAUAUGAACCCAGGGAAAAAAAUGUGUUUGAUACUAUGAAUGAUUAUAAAAAAAGCUAUAUGUCUCAAAGAUAUAAAUAUAACCUCAAAUUAACACGUAAAAGUUGGGUUUAA